AGCACCGUCCUCCUCAUCAGCCUGGCCGGCUUGCUGAUGCUUUUCACCGUCUUCGGCAACGUCCUGGUCAUCAUCGCUGUCUUCACCAGCCGGGCGCUCAAGGCCCCCCAGAACCUCUUCCUGGUCUCCUUAGCCUCGGCCGACAUCCUGGUGGCCACGCUGGUCAUCCCCUUCUCCCUGGCAAACGAGGUGAUGGGGUACUGGUACUUCGGCAAGGUCUGGUGCGAGAUCUACCUGGCCUUGGAUGUGCUGUUCUGCACCUCCUCCAUCGUGCACUUGUGCGCCAUCAGCCUGGACCGUUACUGGUCCAUCACGCAAGCCAUCGAGUACAAUCUCAAGCGUACACCGCGCCGCAUCAAGUGCAUCAUCUUCAUCGUCUGGGUCAUCUCGGCCGUCAUCUCCUUCCCGCCGCUCAUCUCCAUCGAGAAGAAGAGCGGGCAGCAGGCUGACCAGGGGGUGGCAGGGUGCAAAAUCAACGAUGAGAAGUGGUACAUCAUCUCUUCUAGCAUCGGCUCCUUCUUUGCCCCCUGCCUUAUCAUGAUCCUGGUCUACAUGCGCAUCUACCAGAUAGCCAAGAGGCGAACCAGGGUACCGCCGAACAAGCGGGCAGAGCGGCCCGAGAAGAGGCAGAACGGCUUGGCUGACAAGGAGGACCUGCCGGCCACAGCCCAGCUCAAUGGGGAGAAGGCGGCAGGAGGUGGCGGCGGGCAGGAGGGAGAGGUCAACGGCAUAGACAUGGAGGAGACCUCUUCCUCUGAGCACCAGGAGAACAACCGGUGUAAGAAGUCAGAGAGACCGUCCAGGGGAAAGACCAAGACUAAGCUGAGCCAGAUUAAGCCUGGGGACAGUUUGCCCAGGAAGACGGAGGAGGAGAGGAACACCAAAGGGUCCCGGUGGAGGGGUCGGCAGAACCGGGAGAAGCGCUUCACCUUUGUGCUGGCAGUGGUGAUCGGGGUCUUUGUCAUCUGCUGGUUCCCCUUCUUCUUCACCUACACGCUGACAGCCGUCUGCGAGAGCUGCUCUGUGCCUGACACCCUCUUCAAGUUCUUCUUCUGGUUCGGUUACUGCAACAGCUCCUUGAACCCCGUCAUCUAUACCAUCUUCAACCACGACUUCAGACGGGCCUUCAAAAGGAUCCUCUGCAGGAUAGAGAGGAAAAGGAUUGUUUGA